UCAAGUCUACAAGCCAUCUCAGACGCGCUGAUACACUCUCUCGCUCUCACAGACACAGAGUCACCGUCUCUCUCUCUCUCUCUCAAACGAUGUUCGGUGUGUUGUUUCCGAACCGGAGCUUUCCGAUGGACAUCUCCACCUUCACCCAAAUCGACACUACUCAUUGGGUCCUCGACAUGAAUACCUUCGUCGGGGAGGCGUACGAUCAGAUUCGCGAUAUGUGUAUCUUCCUACUCAACGGCUUCACUCUCCCUCCCGACAAAGCCCUAGCCGUCUAUAUCCAGUCACCCGGCUCUCCUUUCCUCUUCUGCGGUGCCGUCUCCGUUUCCCGUCCCUCCGCCGUUCUCUCGCUUCCCUGGCCAGAGCCCGGUGGCCAGUUGCAGCUCACCUCUCCGGAUUCCGCCCCUCUUUCCGCCAAGAUUGGUGUCUCCGUCGAGGACUUGGCGUCUCUCCCUUCUCUUGAUGUCACCGCUCAGAAGCGGGUCGAGCACUUGGCGCUCAAGGUUGGUGAGAAUCUUUUUAACUUUAUGCAGUCCUUCUGCGGUGUUGAUGGAAGCCGCCUGGUCGUUCCAAUGGACAUAUUAGAUCGAUGGUUCAAGAAGUUUCAGGAGCGGGCGAAGCGGGACCCUGAUUACUUGAAGGGUUUUGUAUUAUGAGAUCAGAAAGAGAAAGGUACUGUGAAUUUGUGACCCAUCAAUGUUCUUUGCUCGCUUUUAGUGUCAAAUGCCCAUUAGUUGAGCCCCCAAUUUGUUCUAUGUUUUGUUGUGAAUGAAUAGAGAAAUCUUUCUUUCUUUCUUAAAUUGUGUUUUAGACUGUUUGCUCUUUAAUUUACGUUGUACUCGGAGCAUUUGAUAAGCGAAAGAAAAUUACAAGAGUA